AUGGCGUUCUACAAGCCGUUAUGUCGAUUUUUGAUUCAUCGCUACAUGGGCGAGUACCUUAAUACCCAGAUCAGCACGGAUCAGCUGGAGUUGAAGCUGUUGGAGGGCACAGUCUCGGUUCAGGAUGUGUCACUUAAUGCUGAUGUAAGUUUUUGAGUUUUUAUUGUUUUUUGGUUUUUAGGAUGAAGAGUUUGGAAGUAUAGACGAAGAUUGGGCUCUAAAGGGUUUUUUAGUUAACAACUGCUGUUUUUUGACGAACAUUAGCUUGUACUCGUAUUGUUUAAGCUAUGUUUAAGCUUAUGGGUUUAAAAAGAAGGCUAAAAUAUUUAAAAUUUAAGUUUUGCAAUCUGAAGUUGACAAUACCAAAUUUAAGGUGCUAUAACUUUGUGGUAAAUAGCUCUAAAGAGGACAUGUUAGUAUGAAAAGGUGUACAAUUAAAAGUUUUAUUAUGAUUACGACAUUUGGUAGAAAGAAUGUUAUGAGUUUUUUUAAAUUUUGUACUAACAAGUUGUCGGGCAAUACAAAAUGCCUACUACAAUAUCGUUUUUGGUGGUUUUAAAGGUUUUUGCUAUAUUUUUACAGAAAUUUUUUGGAUUUAUAGAUACAGAAAUCAAUUCUUAAGCUAAGAAUACUAAUUUUCAGUACAUCAACGAGCAGCUGAAAGAUGUAGGCCUAAUAAGGCUGAUUGAGGGCUAUGUCCGCGAACUCAAGGUGUGUGUGCCAUGGACCAAGUUGAUGGACGAAUCGACCAUCAUCUACGUAAAAGGAUUGGAUUUGACAUUUGCACCAUUGAAUAUUGACAAUUUUAAUGCUGAAAUGAUGUCAUCCAUGUUUGGGUCGAUUGUCAGCUCUAUGUCAAGAUCAACUAAUGAGAUCAUUCAAGAAGAGAUUCAGAAGUGGGGUUUUGAAAUUAUCGGGCGGGGUUGGGGUAAAUGGGAGUGGAUUUUGGUGUAGGAUGGGUUUUUAAAGUAAAACUAGUGGUUUUGAGGGGUAGUUUUUGAAGACUAGUGAUAUUGAGGUAGGUGCUAGAAGGUCAAAAAUAGUGAUAGAUGAUUGAUACUGGGUUAACUAUGCAAAUAUGUAUUAUGAAAUGAUUUCUAGGGUAAAAAUAAGUAUUUUUGUUUAAAAAACUGUGGCAUUUUUGAAAAAGUUUGUAUGAAACACCAUGGAUAUUGUGGUAGGUACUACAAUAUACCUUUUUUUCAAAAUUGACUUCAAAAAUUAACUCAAACUAAUAUCCCGGCAUUCCAGUGAGGUAGGAAAGGACAAUCUAGCCCUGAUGAUAGACAAUAUCAUCAAUCGAAUGAAGGUAAUCUUCGAAAACACCACGAUCCGGUUAGAUUCAGAAGCCGAGCUAGCUACGGGAAUUGAGCUUCGAAUCGAAAAAAUGGAAUUUGUGGAUGAAGUUCUUGAAGCCAGUGAAAAACAAAAACAAGAAGGACCGGUUACGGCUCAGCCGACCAGUUUGUACACGGUGACAGAGCUGAACAAACUGGUACACUUUGAAGGCAUUCAGUUGUUUACGGAUAUCUACAGUAGUAUGGUAGGUUGAUAUUGAGUUAAUAUUUAUGCUUGAUAGGUUUUUGAUUGGUUUUUGAGGGCGUGGAAAAAAAUUUUUUGGGCGGGGUAAAAUUUUUUUUUGGGGGGGGGGUCGGGGUAGGAGAUGACAAAAAAUUUUUAUAGUAGGGAAAUGGAAGAAAAUUUGUUUUGGCUUGGAAUGAAUUUUUUUUUGUGGGCGGGGAUGGUAAUUUUUUGGGUUAAAGACAACUUUUUGAUUAACAAAGUGAAAUAUUUCGAACAAAAUUUGUAAAAAAAAUGCAUUUUAGCGCCCAUCGUCGGUAGCAUCGGACCUCAGUUUCGACAACAAGGACAAUAUUACCUCGACCACUUCGUUGGACACAUCGGCAUUCCAAUCCUGUUAUUCCCAGUUAAAUACGUCAGCUAGGAAAGAGUCUUCGGUUUCUGGAUCGAAUCAGCUUAAGUAGGCUUUGGUUAUCUUAUUCCUAACAAUUUUUACCUUACUUCUAUUCCUACCCCUGUCCUACUCUUAUCCCUACUCUUACCCUUACUUCGACCGUGAAACCUACCCCAUAAUCCAUAAAUCUAUCUAAAACCCCCUAUUUCAGCCUCCAAACCAACCCGAUCCCCUUUCUGGUGAUCGGCGGAGAAAAGAGUACGGUUCGAAUCAGAGUCAAUAACACCGCAGUCAAGUCGGACGGAGCCUAUAACAAGAAAAUGGACGUAGACUUUCAACUGAUGGGACACGCCUUUGCAUUCCUAACACCAAGUCAACUGAGUUUGAUAACUGAACUGUUAAGCAAGCUGACCUCAGCUCCAUCACAAGAGAAACCAUCGCAUUUGACCGGAGGCAAACCCAUGGGACCAGAGCACUUUGAGAGGCUGAAUGAUCAACUACAAGGUGAGGUUUUGUUGUUUUGGAAUAAUUUAUAGGUAAAGGGGUGAGAAAGUAGAUUUUACAAAGUUGGUUGGGUAGAUCUUUUAAAAGAGGGAAGAGUGGGCAUGGGUUUUAAAAAAUGGAUUAGGGAGGGCAUUUUUUUGGGUUAGGUGGUGGUUUUGAAGGCUUUUAAGAAAUUUUAAAGGUUGAAAGUUAUUUUUUAUGACUUGUAAUGGCUUUUGAUAUGAUAUUUUUUUACAAAUUUUGAAAAUUCAAAAAAAUUUUUUUUAGGUAACAAAAAUUUUUUUUUGUUGAUUUUAUGUUGAAAAAUGGUUUUUUAAGACAUCACGAGCUUAUAAUAGGCAUUUUUAGUUAUUUUUGUAAUAUUAUAAUACGUUUGCUGACGUUUCUGCGAAAAAAAAAUUGGGUAACAAAUAUAUUUUUUCAAAAUUUUGUUGAAAAAUACGAUUUUUGGUUGGAAAAUGGGCUGAAAAGGAAUUUCUUGGUUUUUUAAACAAGGUCUUGGGGCAUUUACAUAUAUUCCUAAUUACCCCUACUCCUACCUACCUUACUAUCUCUACCUCUGCCCAGGAGUAGAUGUAAUAGGAAUAGGGUAGUUUUUUAUUAAAAAAUUUUUUAAUUUGAUUAAUUUUAAUCACCACUACCCUUCAGGCGACGCCAUAGUAGAUCAAAUCAUUCGCGACUCUCAUAACACGCCACCAACAGCAACCUUUCAUCAUGGUAACGCGCUGUCACAUGCAUAUGAACAACAGUUCUAUGAAGUCAAAUCACAUGUAGCAGCUACAAGAUUCAGCACGAUAUCAUUGGAUGAACCAUCACAUCAGAGGCACGGUAGUGGGCAAACCUACGCGUCACGUUCGUCUGGAGGUGACAGUGAUUCGUUGACGGAUCGGGGAACUCAUCGUAGGUUUUUUCGAUUGUUUUUGUUGGUUUUUAGGUAACAAAGUUGGAGUUUGGAGGAAAAAAAGUAUGGUUUAGGUAAUAAAAGUUCAAUUUUUGGUUAAAAAGUGGCAUUUUAGGUAACAAAACUAGUAUUUUAGGUAACAAAGUUAGUAGUUUAGGUAACAAAACCGGUAUUUUAGGUAACAAAAAAUGAAUUUUAGGUAACAAAAUUUUUUUUCAUUGUUGUAUCUCAAUACCUGACCUAAAAAUGUACUUUUCUAACUAAAAAUACCAUUUCAGACGGCUCGAAUCUGACCCUAACGGAACGUCGGCCCAAUGUCUUCCUCUUCACCUUCAAAAUGCCAUCCUUGGUGAUGAUAGUCACUCACGAUGAUCCUUUAUCAGUAGAUAACAUCCGGAAACUCCGCCAAUCCGACCCUCAAGCGGUCUGUAAUCAAGUCAAGGCCUUGAAGGAACGGGCAGAUAACUUCUUCAAGGCCGCCCUCCAGCCAUCUCCACUCAUCGUGACUGGAGCACCAUUGGAUCAGCAACGUGCCACUUUCACGGCACUGUACCCGCACGAUCAUUUGAAGCUGUUGUGUAGAUCGUCAGUGUUCAAGCUGACCAACGAGUUCGAUGAGGUCAAGGGCGGGUCUUUCGAUUUACAGUGCAGUUUUGGACACAUGGAUCUGAGCGAGUACUUGGCGAGGGAGAGUGUGGUACUUAAUGGUACUAAUGGUACUGAAAACAUGGGUUGUCAUGAUGACAAAAGCAGUACUACCUAUAGUGCCACGGACAAAAACAGUACAACCAUUCAUACAACAGUACCAAAAGAAGGCCUAAACAUUGACAUCUUCAACUUCUCUCGCUACGAGUCGGACGAAUCAUCGUCACGCAGCUACGGCCAUCCAACUUCAUCAGAAGCCAACCUCACCCUACGCAUCACAAACGCCAUCGAAUCCCGCGAACCAACGGUACUAGUCGAGGUCAAUAUGUCAGCAUGCCAAUCCGAAAUCGACCCCUCAAUUAUCGACCGUAUCUCAGCCUUAAUCGUGAAACAGCCCUUCUACAAAGACCGUAGCCUCCUACUGGUCGACGAGAUUCUACCUCCAAGUUCGGCCAGUACUGAUGGUACUACUGCCUCAGCUCUAGGGCUAAAUAACGCAAGCUUAAGCUUAGGCCUAAACGAAGGAUUCUCGGCUCAGAACGACGGGUUUUUAGGCCAGAACGAUGGAUUCACGGCCACGAAUUCGGGCUUAAACGACGCGUUCUCGACCGGCCUACGAGACAAUUUUUUGGACACGGACCUUUUCACAAAAUCCUCGGAUAAAAUGCAAAUUCAAGUCCGGUUCUACUGCCCGAAGUGGGAAAUCGACCUUAAGAUCCCCGUAGCCGAUUACACUGAAACUGCACCAUCAGCUUCUAAACGCAAUCUUCAUCAUGAGUUCCUGAAGCUACAGUUGGACGAAGCACGGCUGGAGAUACCCAAGUUUGAUCCAGAAUCUAUUGGUACUAAUCUGAUGCUGAAUGUGUACGCUUCAGCACUACAAGGCAGCUUCAUUGGCGAUUCCGAGGUUCUGAACUGUCGUCACGAAGAUAUGACAUUCCUAUAUGCAAACGGCUUCAACUCGAACUCACUUGGCACCCAGAACGUGCACAUCAGAAUCCAGUUUGACUCAAGAAACAAAAGCCUUCAUCUGGUCAACAAACCGGACCCACUAAUGGCCAAGUCAAUGUACGAGUCCUACUUUCAAAUGGGAUCAGAGAACAAGGCCGAAGGACCCUUUAGCAAAGAUGGAUCAUACUACGAAGGUCAAAAGAUCAUCCAGCCAGGUACGAAUGAAGAACUGAGAGAGUUCAGCGAAAAAGCUAAGCAGCUAGCCAAAAUAAAUGUGGAGCUAACCAUGCCACAACUCAAUCUUCACUUACCAUCUCAUGAGUUCCUGGAAGUCAUGUAUAAUCGAUUUGCUAAUGAUUUUGCUCUGUUUGAACCGAAAAGCAAUGCUUAUAAGGUAAGGUAUUGGGGUUGGAGUUAAUGGAAGUGAGGUUUUAGAUAACAAAAUUGGCUUUUUAGGUAACAAAAGUUGAACUUUAGGUAACAAAAAGGGCAUGCAGGUUAAAAAAAUCGAAUUUUAGGUAACAAAAAGGCAUUUUAGAUAACAAAAAUUGAUUUUUAGGUAAUAAAAAUUGAGUUUUAGGUAAUAAACAUGGGUUUUUAGGUAACAAAAAUAGAAUUUUAGGUAACAAAAUUGAAAAUUUACGUGUCAAAUUUAGAAAUUUAGGUAUAAAAAAGGCUUUUUAGGUCACAAAAGUAGUACUCUGGGUAAGAAAAAUUGGUUUUCACGCUAAAAAGUGGCAUUUUAGGUAACAAAAGAGCAUUUUUUAAUCAUUUUAAGUAUUAAAAUUUAAUUUUUCAGGCCCAAGAAAGAAAACGAAUUCAAUCGCACAGUUUCAAGGAAUGCCAUAAGUUCACAGACUUUGGUGCCUCAAAUGGCUCUUCCAAGUCCAACUUCAAUGACGAUGAAGACGAAAGUGCUGGAAUCAAAGGCAAUCUGUUUGCCUUUGGCCUAAAGGCCGAAAAAACCAAAAUCCUGCUCCAAACCCAGAUUCUGGAUGCCGAGGCGGCCAAAAAAAGAGUACCAACAGUUUGGAGUACAGUUUGGACUGGAACUGAUCGAUGCUCAGCUAUUCUUCGUUCAUGGAUUCGAUCAAGAUCCGAACUUGGACUACAUGUUCUUGACUAGUCAUAAGAGCUUCGUUCACCAUCGGAAUCUGUUGGAUGGAGUCAAGAGUCUACAAAGAAAUGUCAUGGAAAGCAAUUUCUGUGCCAGAAGAAGUGCUGAUACUCAUGUUGAGCCAUUGAAUGUAAGGGUUGUUGAAGCAGUUAAUAUUAGGGGUAUGCUUGAAAGCCGGCCUACUAGACCCGGCCUUGCUUCGCUCUCGUUUUAGGCCGAAUUAAAUUUGAAAAAAGGGUGGGCCGGGUCAAGGGAUUAGUCUAUAUGAAGGACCGAGGGACCCUUAUGAUCUUAGAUACUGAUUUUUAUUUUUUUAAAUUUAAAUUUUGAGACUUUUAUGAAAAAAAAGUUCUCGAAAAAAGUCGAGCUUGGUCCCCCCUGUGGAAUUUUUUUCAGAAAUUUUUUUUUUGGUUUUUGGGUCUUUUAUGGGUGAUAUGAACAUUUUAGGUAACAAAAAAGCUUUUAAGCAUCAAAAAUCAUUUUAGUUUAGGUUUGACUGUGAAAUUUUUAAUUUUGAAAAAAAAAUCAUUGGAAAAAGUCGAGCUUGGUCCCCGCUGUGGGUUUUUUUGAAAGAAUUUUUUUUUCUAGAUUUUGAACGGAAAAUAGAGUACUUUAGGUAAUAAAAUAGCUUUUACACAUCAAAACUUAUUUUUUUGAGCUUGGUCUCUCCUGUGGAUUUUUUUGAAUUUUUUUAAUUUUGGGAUUUUUAGGUAUGAUAUGGGCACUUUAUGUUUUAAUAUGGUUUUAGGAAUCAAAAUUUAUUUUAACGUUGAUUGAAAAAUUUUUAAUAAUUGAAAAAAAAAUUUAAGAAAGUGGAGCUUGGUCCCCCUGUGGAUUUUUUCGAAAGAAAACGGUUUUUGGAGUUUUUGAAGGGAAAAUAGAGUACUUUAGGUAAUGAAAGUUGAAUUUUACGUAAAAUACGAAUAUGUAAAUUGCGGUUUUCUAUAAAACACAACUUUUUUAAUCAUAAUCUCCAAUUCUAGGCUUCCGAACCCCUCCAAUCCGAUGAAAAUGACUCAUUGGUUGUGGCUCUCAAGGUUCAUCAAGUACCAGAAGACAACGUACGCAAAAUCGUAGUAGCCUUCGCCGUCCGCAACUCUACCGUUCACAUCAAACCAUCAAUCAACCCGAAACAUCACUUUUCACAACAAUUCACUGACUUUUUCGUACUCAGAGACUACGGAGUACCUGGGUACGAGUGGCCUAAGGUUUCAGUUGGAGUUCAUCUUAACAUCAGUAAUGUCUGUUUGGCGUAUGAUCACUGUGAGGUUGUACCCGGGUCACCAAUGAUGGCUAGGUAAGGGCUUGUUUUUAAGGUUUUGAGGGUUUUUUGGGAAUUUUAGGUAACAAAAAUAACUUUUUUGUGAAAAAAGUGGAUUUUUAGGAACAAAAUUUUGAAUUUUUGGAUAAAAAAUUGAUUUUUAGGUAACAAAAGUAGUUUUUUGGAGAAAAAGUAAAUUUUUAGGUAACAAAAUUAGGUUUUUUGGAGAAAAAAUUUGUUUUUAGAUAAUAAAAGUAAGGCUUUUUGGUGAAUAGGGUUUUUUUUAGGUAACAAAAAGUGAAUUUUUAGCAUGAAAAUUACGUUUAAAAAAAAUUUUUAAAUUGAAAAAAAUUUUAAAUUUUGAAAUUUUUUUUUUAGAAUUGGUAUAGGAUCAUGCAAUUUGUCAGCUGCCUUCCUGGAACAAUCAGAAUCCCACCGUUUCGAAGUUUUACUCGAGAACUCCCAUUUCUACUUGGCCAAGAAGCGGCCAACAGUCACCGGCCCAAGGAAACUCGGUUUCAGCGAUCAAAAACGCGCCAAAACCAACUUUGUAAAGCUAGCCAGAUUCGGCCUACUGCGCCUGGACCUCUCUUAUCAACCCGGCGGCGAAAUUGAGGCCGGCGCCCAGCCUCAGCUCUCGAUUCGUGUCACUAAUGAUGACUUUAUCGUAUGGACGUGUUCGGAUACCAUCACUGAAUUGGCUAAUAUGAUAACUGAGUUCAUGGAGUCUGAUGUGGGAAGGAGUUUGACGUCAAAAAGUAGAGACAAUUCGACUUCUGAAGGCAACUACACGGUCGACGAAGAGGAUUUACCCUCGAUUUCGAGCCAUGGUUCCAGUUUGAGGUCGAACCCGGCUUCGAAUCUGGCUUCGAAUGUGAAGGUGAGUUUGAUUUUGUAGUUGAAGAUGAAUCCGGCUUUAAAUUUGGCUUAGUAUCCGGUUUUAGUUUUGGCUUUAAAUUUAGAAAAAAGCUAUAAAAUCAGCCAAAAACCUCAAUUUUUACCCAAAAUCAACCAUAAAAUCUCAAUUUUCAGCAAAAUCUACCCUCAAACUCCUCUUCAAACCUCAAAUCCACCCCCUCAACAAACUCCAUGCCCAGAAUGAAACGCCCAUCGUCAUCAUCUCUAUCCACCCAGUCCAUUGCAAGUCAAAGUCCAAAGCGAAUAACGGCCGAACAACAGGAAAAGCUGGUCGAACUGAUGGAAUCAGCCAUGGAAGAGGACACUCCAUCAGCCAGUCGAAUGGAAAAUCGACCGGAAAGCUCACGCAAGUCGUCGAGAAAUGAAGACAGAAAGAUGAGUGAAGGCAUGGGUAAAAGGAGUGAAGGUAUGGGAAAGAGAAGCGAAGAAAAGCAAGAAGAAGACCCUAUUCUAGCCGAAAUGGCUUCAGCUAUGCAGGAUUCAAUGCUGGGAGACUGGAAUCAAACGAUCUAUGACAAUCCGGUGCAGGAACUGAUGCCUGAAUCACCGGUUUUUGAUAGGGUAAGGAAUGAGGGAACUCUUGUUUUGAAAAAUGGUGGGUGGGGUAAAAAAUUUUUUUGUGUAGGGGGAUGCAAAAAAAUUUAAAUUUUUAAAAAGUUCUUAAAAUGCAUUUUUAAGCGAUUUUAAAGACAUUUUGAAAGUGGAAGUUGAGUGGAAGAUUUUUAAUGUAUUUUGCACUGAAAAUCUUCCACUGAACUUUAACUUUGAAAAUGUCUAAAAAUGGGCUAAAAACACGUUUUUGACACUUUUUGGAAGUGGAAGUUAAGAUUUUCAGUGCAAAAAUUUAGUGUAUUUUGCACUGAAAAUCUUCCACUCUACUUCCAUUUUUUGAAAAGUGGCAAAAUGUGCCUUCAGGUAAUUUUAAGAUUUUUUCAAAUGAUUUAGGCAUUUUUAUGACAUUUUAUAUUUAUAUUAUUUAUUUUAUUAUUUAUAUUUUUUUAUUUUUACUUAAAUUUAAAUUUUAUUUUAUUACAUAUUUUUUAAAUUUAAAAAUGUUUAAUUUUGAAAUUUUUAGGAAGACGAUGUUACAGUAACCGCCAACUCCUCCAGAACCUUCUCUGACGACGAGUUUGUCAUGAUUGACGACAUUGUUGGAAGUGGCAUUACAAACGCGGCCGGAGAUCCGAAAGUUCGCAUUUUUGACGAAGAAUUCGUGGUUUCAGAAGACUUUCUACGUGUACCAGAUCCAGAAGAUGUGAACGAAAUGGUACGGCUACCAGCCUCGAAUCCGGCUCCAUUGAUCAAGUACGAAGUGAAAGACUUCUCCAUCAUGUUCUACCUGUUUGGUGGCAACGACUUUGGUGAUGGCAUUGAACAAAAGACCUACAGCGAGUACGAAACAAGACGCGACGACUGCGACAAAUAUGACUCGGAAGGUGAGAGUUGACACAGUUUUAAAUAGCUUAGGAUUUUUUAUGUUGUUUUGAUUGAGACAUUCUAGCUUUGUAAGCUUACUCUACCAAGUUCAUAUUAGAAAGGCUUAUUAAGAAUAGGCAUGGGUUUGGGGAAGGGGAGGGGGUCGAGGGUUAAAAAACUAAAUUUUUUAAAAAGUGUCAAAAACGUGUUUCUAGACAAUAUUAAGGCAUUUUAAAAAUGGAAGUUCAAUGGAAGAUUUUCAGUGCAAAAUGCACUAGAAAUCUUCCACUCAACUUCCACUUUUUAAACUUAUCAUCGAAAUCUAUGGCUUAUUGUUCAAAAUGUUUUAAAAUUUUAGACUGAUUAUAUUAUAGUCAAAUAAUAAUAAAUAUUCUUUCAGGAGGCUCAUUCCGAGAUCAUACAGUGUGUGUAAGUGCGAAUAUCCACAAAAUUUCGUUUAUUUCCCAACUUUUCAACAAGGAUUCACCGAUUCUGUCACUGAAUAUGCUCACUAUCGCUGAUAUCAAAGUCAAGGAUCAUCUUCUUAUUUCAGAAAUCAACAAAUUGUUCUAUCAGGUAGGGUUUGUUACUUAAAAAUUUUGUUUUUGAGGGGUAAGGCAGUAAAAAUGGCCUUUUGUUACCUAAAUUGGCAGUUUUUUUGGGAUUUUUGUUACCUAAAUUAGAAUUUUAUACUUAAAAUGCAUUUUUAUUUCCUAAAAUACAAUUUUUUGAAAUUUUUUGAAAAAUUUAUGUCUUUUUCAGUACGUCAGCCCAGCCAUGCCAAAACGAAUGGCCCCACUCCUAUCAGUACGAAUGGUCGAGGAUCAAGGUCGUGAAGGCAAGCUCAAAAUCUCUCUCCUUCCAAUCCGACUAAAUAUUGAUCAAGACACUCUCGAGUUCCUCCAAGACUUUAUCAACCAAAUCCAAAAGGACAUCCAGCCAGGCCAAUACGACCCCAGCGACGACCCACCCGACCUCGACCUGCCCGUCAUGGAAAUCAGCCCCGAAAUCCGCCCACGGAGCAUGGACGCGGAGAGUGUGGCAACAAGGAAGUCGUCAGAAUCGUCGAUUCAGAAGCACGACAGUGGACUGUUGCCAAUGCAGGACGAUGUGUCGGUUCAGUGGAAGAGAAGCGGCGAACGAGCGGAUUCUGGAGGUCUGAUUGAUCUGGAUGAUGACAGUGUGAACUUGUUCAAAGGCCGACCUGAGAACUUGGGUGAGUUUGAGGGGUUGGUAUUGGAAAAGGAGGGUUGGUACUGUGAAAGGAGACUUGGUACUGUGAAAGGGGGUUUGGUGUUGGAAAAAAGCGGGUAUAGUACUGAAAAUGGAUUUGAUACUGAAAAACGGGUAUAGUACUGAAAAUGGAUUUUGGUACUGGGCAGGGUUAUUACUGAAAAUGGGUUUUAUACUGAGGGAGGGGUAGUACUGAAAAUGAGUAUGGUACUGCCAACGUAUAAAAUAUGUAAAAAACCUGUUUUUAGUUAAUUUGAAAACGUUUUGAAAGUGGAAGUUGAGUGGAAGAUUUGUAAUGUAUUUUGCACUGAAAAUUUUCCACCCAACUUCCAUUUUUAAAAUGUCUUAAAAUGGCCUAAAAACAGGUUUUUGACCAUUUUUAGAAGUGGGAUUUUCGUGGAAGAUUUUCAGUGCAAAAUACAUUACAAAUCUUCCACCAAACUUCCAUUUUUUAAAAAUGCUAAAAACGUGUUUUUGGUCAUUUUAAGAAAUUAAAAAUAUUGAUUUUAAAAAAAUUUAAUUUAGCUAAAUUUGACAUUUCAGAAGACCUCUUCAACGGCCAGCUCAACUUCGAUGACGAACCCACCUCAAGCACCCAGUACACAAGACCAUACCAACCGAACAUCAUGGAUAUGAGUCUACAAGAGAAUCAACCAAUCUUCAACUUGGGCUCACAAACUGCAGCUCCAUCUGUUGUAGCUGAUUCUGAGGCCACGGAGACUUCAGAGAGAACUAGAGCUGUGGUGCUGACUAGGGAUACCUUCUUUAAGUAAGUUCUUGGUUUGGAAUGGUACUACGGAUCCCUAGGAUAACUAGGAGAAUAUGGGUAGCGGUAGGAACUAAAGAUACCUACCGCUACCCAUACCCUUCCUUACCUCUACUCCAAUUGCACUACAAUUUCAAACUGGAUUUCAAUUUUUUUUCAGAGAAUUCACCUUCGACCCAGCCUGUGUGAUCCGCCUCGAUUACGUGGGCAAACGAGUCAAAACGGAUCAAGGCGCCUUCCUCGGCUUCCUAAUUGGCAUGACAAGCCUAAAGUGCACGGAAAUCACGUUGAAAGAACUGAAGAACGAUCGAGGAGUCCUCGGCUUCAAUAAAUGUGUCCAAUUCGCAUUGGAUCAAUGGCUUCAGGACAUUAGAAACAACCAAAUACCGAAUGUGGUCGGCAGUUAUCAACCCAUCAGUUCAUUGGUCCAAAUUGGUAAGGGUUUUGGGGUUUUUAAGCUUGAUUAAUUUAGAUUUUUAAGGCUUUGGGGGGUUGAUUUUUUUUAUUUUUAUUACCUAAAUUUCAAUUUUAGGUAACAACUUUGUUUUGAAUAUGAAAUUUGUAGCCAUGGUUGUUGUUAUCACUUAAAAGUGAUUUUUUGUUACCUAAAAUUCAAUUUUUUGGCUUAAAACUUUAUUUUGUUACCCAAAAAGUUCAAAAUUUUUAAAAAGUCUAAAAUUAGGUAAAAAUCUUCAAAUUUUCCUAACAAGUCAUUUAGGAUCGUGUUUAACAUCUCCAAUUCGUUAUGUUAUCAAACAGUCCAGUCCAACUCUCAGGUCUCUGAUUCGAAUGGCUUUAAUCAACCUAGUCAAGUCUACGUCUGAAUAUUGCUCUCCAGCGUCUGUACAUUACUAACAUAAUGUUUAAUAUAAAUAUAUUGUGAUAUGUCUGGUUAUGUUAUGUGUUUUGAAGGCUUUAAGAUGCCUGCAUGCCUUUAUCACUGCCUCACAAUAGCCUAACUUACCUUUCCCUACGUUUUCCUAUCUUACACUAACCGGAUCUUUUCUACUUUGACCUACCUAGCUUUACCCCUGCUUACGUAGCUCUGUCCUGUUAAUUAUCUGGCCUAGAAAGGGCCAAAUUUUAAUUUUUUUUAAAAAAUGAUACCUAAAAGUAGUGGAAUGUAAAUCUAAUCUCUUUAAAACAGUCUUAACAACCUUGUUUUCUUACAGCUGACGGCAUCUCUAAAGCCUUAACAUUCCAAGAGAUUUUACUAUGCACAUUUCCACUGGGGUUUUUGACGGUCCUCCAGUGCACGGUCUAUCGGGCGGCACUGUAUAAUCUAGGCAGUACGUUAAAGUCAUUUACAUACUAUAUCUUAAGCUUUAUUUUGGCAUUUUUACUAACAACUCAUAGAAACUUUGAAAACAAUAACCGUCAAUAUGAACCUAAAUACCCUUUUACAAAACAGCUAUAUAAUUCUGUGACGAAAAUUGAAUUGAUAGUUUUAUAUUUUACACCAUUAUUUGUUUCAGCCCAAGGCAUCAGAGACCUCUUCUAUAUCCCCUUGGUGGAGAUGCGAAAAGAGGAUGGUCGUAUUGUGCGUGGCAUUCAAAAAGGUGCUACCAGUUUUGGUAUUAGCACGGCCACUGCGGCAAUCGACGCGACACAACAAGUGUUUAGCGUUAUUCAGGUAAAUAUUUAUACAAUGAGGAUUUACAUAGAAGCAAAGUUAAUAUAGUAAACAACCUUCAUGAGCAAAACAAAGCGAUUAAGUCAAGAUUUACCGAAAUAUAAAUGAAUAAUAAUUUUAAAAACCAUGCUUGAAGAAAACAAGAAAUUAAACACAACAUCAAUAUAAAAACACUUUUGAACAUUACAUUUCUAGACCGCAGCCGAGCUAGCCUUUGACCUAGUGACCCCCGACCUACCGUACCGUGACCACCGUCGACCACAUCAACAGCUCACGGUAGCUAGAGGCCGGCAAGUACCUUCAGAUCUACGUGAAGGUAUUCACCUCGCCUACGACACUGUCUACCAAGGCGUGCGCGAAACCGCGUUUGAACUAACGCAAGCGGCUAAAGAAGACCGUGCCAGAGUACGUCACAGUACGAACUCGACCGACUCUGGUGGCCCAACUUUCUGGGGCUUCAGAGGUUUGCUACGGCAAAUGACUCCGACGGCAAUUAGGCCGUUUGUGAUUUCCUCACAAGCGGCCGUUCAAGUGUUGGCUGGUAUGAAGAACCAGCUGAAGCCCGAGGAUCAUAAAGAAGAACUCGGCAAGUGGAGACAACGGAACAGUCAAAAGAAGCGGCGUCACGAACGACGUUAG